UGCCUACUGAACAAGUUUGUGUUUAAUUGAUUGAUGUGUCACUCUGACUCUCCCCUAAUGCUGCUUUUUCCACACAAUUCAAUCAUGUUUUAAUGUGCUUGCAGCCAUCAGGACAAUAUGCUAUAUUUCCACCCCCCUUGUUGACAUUAGCCGGCAUAACAUUAUUAGAAAAGCUUUUGCUUCAGGCUUUCAAUGAGUACAAAUCCUUCCCCAAUGAAGAAAUAAAACCCAUUUCCUCCUGUGGUGGAGCUGUGUUAAAGUGCGAUUAUGAUAAAGAACAGUUCUGAUGCGCCUCAGGCUGGAGUUUGUUCAAGUGAAGUGGAAUGACUCACAACUCGUGAUCCCCCCCUUCUUUCUUAGGAGCUCCAAAGCUUAAAAGAUGUUUUCACCCCCCAAUAAUCUCCCUUUGCAGCUUUUAGUCGUAGUGUAGUGCUGCAGCUGCAUGUAGUGCUUAUCCAGCCCACAUGCAUACCGUCUUUGCAAACUAAUUACGCUAAAUUGAUUAAUAAUUUUUCCUAAAACGUCUCGAAUUUUAAACAUUUCAUACUUUUCAGAUUAAUAUGAGUCAGGCUGCAAUCUUGAGGAAAAAGACAAGAAAGGAUUUUAUACCAUAUUUCUUGGGGUUUGUCAUUUUUUUGUAUGGCACCUUUCAUCUUAUUUCGUUUACAGCAAAAACAGCUGAGUUUGCUCCCACUGUGAGGGUGCGCCGGGCCCUGGAGAACGAGACAGAAUGCAUUUCACCCCAAGCCUCCGAGUUUCCUGAUGGCUUCUUCACCGUGCAGGAGAGGAAGGAUGGGGGGCUGGUCAUUUACUUCAUGAUCAUUUUCUACAUGCUGUUGGCUGUUGCUAUAGUUUGUGAUGAUUACUUUCUGCCGUCCCUGGAAGUGAUCAGUGAACGUCUGGGCCUUUCUCAGGAUGUAGCAGGAGCAACAUUUAUGGCAGCUGGGAGUUCUGCUCCUGAACUUGUUACUGCUUUUCUAGGUGUGUUUGUAACAAAAGGGGACAUCGGGGUCAGCACAAUUGUGGGAUCGGCUGUCUACAACCUGCUAGGAAUCUGUGCUGCCUGUGGAAUUUUGGCCUCAGUGGCGAGGCGUCUCACCUGUUGGCCUCUGUUCAGGGACUGCCUGGCAUAUGGAAUCAGUGUUGCCGCUGUUAUUGGCAUCAUUUCCGAUAACAAAGUGUACUGGUACGAGGCUGCCUGUCUGCUUCUAGUCUACGGUGUCUACAUAGUUGUCCUGUGCUUUGACCUCCGCAUCAGUGAGUUUGUCCUGAGGAAGCUGAGCCCCUGCUGCACCUGUUUGAGUUCUGGUUCUGCUGACAAAAUGGAAACGCAGCCUCUGACUGGCUGGAACGACGACACCAGGUUGAGAAUCUGCGGCCGUUCCAGAACAGACAGUGGGAUCUUCCACGAUGAUUCAGGGUACUCUCACUUGUCCCUCAGCCUGCACGGCCUCAACGAGAUUUCAGAUGAGCAGAAAAGUGUGUUUUCCGUGCCGGAAAGCGACCUGAAGAGGAUCCUCUGGGUCCUGUCCCUGCCUGUGAUCGUUCUGCUUUUCCUGACUGUUCCUGACUGUAGAAGACGGUUCUGGAAGCAGUGGUUCAUGAUAACGUUCUUCAUGUCGGCUGUGUGGAUCUCUGCUUUCACAUACGUACUAGUCUGGAUGGUGACUGUUGUUGGGGAGACACUUGGCAUCCCCGACACAGUCAUGGGACUCACUUUGCUUGCUGCUGGAACCAGUAUACCGGACACAGUGGCAAGUGUGAUGGUGGCCAGAGAAGGUAAAGCUGACAUGGCCAUGUCCAACAUUGUAGGCUCUAAUGUGUUUGAUAUGCUUUGCCUGGGCCUGCCUUGGUUCAUCAAGACUGUUUUUGUCGACACCAUCAACCCUGUGGAGGUCAACAGCUCCGGACUGGUCUUUGUUUCAUGCACACUCCUCCUUUCCAUCGUCUUCCUUUUUGUAGCAGUGCACAUUAACGGAUGGAAACUGGACUGGAAGUUGGGGCUGGUUUCUCUGAUCUGCUACAUCCUCUUUGCCACAUUAUCAAUUUUGUAUGAACUGGGGAUUAUUGGGAAUAAUCCUAUACGACUGUGCAGUGACUGAAAACACAACCUUCUCUGGACGGAAGCCAUCUUUUAAGCCUUCAUAUAGAGUCAACAAUGGAUCCCUUUCCUUACAGAAGCAAGUUUCACUGAACUGAAGACUUUCAGUUCCUCGGAUCAACCUUUUCAAGUCCAGAUGGCCAGAAGAACAUAACCUUGUGAUAGCAUUACAUGAAUAACACCAUCUAUACAAACUACACAGGUUGACUGAAAGUACAAGAUUUUCUUCAGGUAUACCUGUGCCUGUUCUGAUCCACUACACACUGUUACAGUGAAGGCCAGUCAUUCCUCGUUUUGAGAAAUGGAAAAAAACCAUACUUGCAGUUAUUACUGCUGAGUGAAAUAAACAUGCCAACUGAACUGAACUGGUCUUAAGAUUUGUUUAGUUUAAUGUAAGGCAAAAAUACAAUAGGUAGAGUUUUCCUGCCUAUAAAAACUGAACUACAAGAGCCAUAAAUGACUGUCCUGCAGGCACACUACAUGUGUGUAAUGCAUGUUUAAAUGAAUGACAAUCUUUUGGAGUAAAACUAACACCUCUGCCAUUCUGGAAAAGCUGCUUUACACUAUCCCUGAAAAGAAAUGUUUUUCCAUACAUUUUCUGUACUAAAUAUAUUCCAUUUUUAAUAAGCCACUGCCGAGGGGCAAAGGGUUCAAAUAGCUCAACAGAGCAACACCCCUACUGU